UUUUAAACAUAUGGUUAAAAGAUCUAGAAUGUGAAGGUUAAUAUUCGAUGGCUUUUUCGUAUAAAUACGUUGUCAUGUAAAUUUAUGGCAAGUUACGAAAACGAUUACCAAUGUUACAUUUAUGAUUCUACUUUCGAUUUCAAUUAAACUGUUUCUGAUUUUGAUUUCAAUUCAACUGUGGACAUAGAGAUUAAGAAAGGGGAAGUUGAAUGAUAGAAUUUGAUUUAUAAUAACUAGUACAGUUGGUUAAGUUUCAUAACUGAUUUUCUUAAAUUUUAACUUUCAUUUUGCAUUAAUUUAUCUAGUUUUUUUUUCUCAAUGGAAAAACUCAGAUAAAAUGAAACAGAAAGUAGAACAACGAGUUCAAGGAUAUACUUUUAUGUUUGACAUUGAGCUAUACGAUAUACUGUCUUGUGUGAAUAAAUGGACAUUGCAGUGAUAUAUUCCUUCCCACAAACCUGUCGAAAUGGACGAUUGUGGUGAUAAUUUGAAGACGGGAGAUUCAGAAGAGGCGAAAAUAGACAAAUUUAUUGACGAAUGUCUCGUACUCUUUAAACCCGUAGGCGAAUCUGCCUCAUUGUUAAUGGAAAGCAUCGAUCGGAUGCAUGAAGCAACAGAGAUGCUUGAACUACAAGAAGAGAACGAUUGUCUGAACGAGGCUACAGAAAAAGAAGUUUUGCAGAACUUACAAUGCAUAAAACGAAAAGCAAAGGAGCAUAUCAUGAAGCUAGAGCGAACAGUUCUCUAUGAUAAAGACAAAACAGCUGAAUCCUUGCGCAAGUUCAUCAACUUUCUUGAACAUUCAGACAAAAAGAGUGCGAAUUCUGACACAGCGUCAUUAUGCUAUUUAAAAGUUGAUACCGAUAGUGCAAAAGUAAGAUGUAAGCAAAAAGAAGGAUACACCAGACAUCUUCUCAACGAGAACGAAGAGCUAAGCAAACAAGUAAGUUAUUUACAAAAAUACAAAGAAGUAAAGGACAACUUGGAGAAAACAUGGCAUAAAGAAAAGGAAUCUCUGAAACAAGAAAUAAAACAAUUAUCAAAGUUUGAAAACGAAAUAGAUACGCUAACUGAUGAAAUCAUUUCAAUUCAAACAGAAUUGAACGACAAAGAAAAAAAGAAUCUUGAAAAUGUGCAGGCUCUUCAAAUGAAACAUAAAGAAAAAGAAGACAGUUGGAAAUCAGACGAAACGUUAUAUCAAACUAAUAUUAAGAAUUUGGAAAGUCAAGUCGCAAAACAUAUUGAAAGUAUACAACAAUUAGAAAGAGAAAACAGCGAAAAGGAAAGAAAUAUUCAAAAUCACUUUGAAGAAAUUGAGAACUUUAAAAAAAAGACACAAUCUUUAGAAUUCGAAGUUAAGACACAAACUGAAAACAUCAGUUUGUUGGAGACUGAUUUAAAGAACUGUAAAAUACAAAAUGGAAAGGACGAAGAGAAUCUUAUAAACUUAAAAUCAGACAUUUUGAAACUAGAAGAAACGAUAGAUUCAUUAAAAAUAGAAAAACAGUCAUUGGAAUGCCAAAUAUCAAAACUAAACGAUACCUUAGCUGGGUUAGACGAAAGCAUUAAAGCAGUUAGACAUGAAAACCAAGAACAAAAUGAGCAAAUUAAAAAUUCAACCGAACAAAUACUAAAUUUUGAAAAAGAAAAAGUGCAAAUGCAAACUACUAUUGAAUUAUGUAAAGAUAAUGUAAAACGGUUAGAGACAAAUGCAAAAGAAAUGAAAUCUGAUUUAGAGAGAAAUCGUAGUGUAAUUAAAGAGUUAGAAAAGGAGAGAGAUUGCCUUAUUACAAAAUAUAACAAUAGCACACAAGAAAGCGACAAGUUGAAUAAUGAAAUAAAGAGGUCAUGUAAAUUGAAUGGCGAUCUGCAACAACAGGCCGCUGAAAAUAACGAAACUAUUCAACAGCUACGACAAGAACUAUCAGAUCUUAAAAAUAAUUUGAAAACGAUGCAGGAAAUUAAAAGUGAUUUAGAGCAAGAGAACGGCGAUUUAACAACAAAGUUGGAAAAGCAUCAAAGCCAAUCGGAGAGGUUAGAAAUGGAGAAAAAAGAGCUACAUGAAACACUGAAUAAAAACCAGCUGGAAUUCAGCGAGACUGUAAAAGACCGAGAGAAUCAAAUCGAAAGGAUGUCUAUUUGUGAAGAUGAGUUGAAUACAGCAUUGGAAACUGCACAGAGAGAGUUGAGAUUGUCACAGACGAACGCAAAAACGCUUCGGCAUGAGCUAGACAUGAAAAAAGAAACAAAUGAAAAGCUCGAAGGUGUAGUGCAACAGAAAGACUCUAUCAUUUUUGACCUAAAAGCUACAUAUGAGAAAGAAAAGAAAGAAUUGCAUGAAGAAAUACAAAAGUUUCAUUAUAAACAUGGUGAGCUGUCUAGGGAGUCAAAAGAAUAUCGAGCAAAGGCAGAGGAUAAUAUUCGAGAUAAAGAAGGCUCAAUAAAAAGGUUAGAACAACGGAUAAAAGAAAAGCAUGAGGAAAUUGAAAACGUUUCAAAAGUGCUGUGUUUAGUAGAGGCAGAACUUACUGAAAUCAAAAGUACGAAGAAAAUGCAAGUGCAGCUGUACAGUCCUAACAGAACACAGCUUGCCGACUGCGUAGAGGAAGGCAUAACUGCACUUCUUAAAAAAAGAUUAGAGACAGAUAAGCUAAAACUUGAGUUCAUUCAAUGCUCUAAAUCUUCAGACAUACAGCCCGAAUUACCUGUACUGCUGCUUUGCAUAACAGUAUCUCGGCUUGGUACUGAUGUUGCAAACUGCGUACAAGGAUUGACACUGAAUAGCAAAAUAGCGUUGCUGGUAUUCCAUCACAAAGAUGUACAUGCAUUGCCUAACCAAGCUAGCGACCGUGUUCUUACUGGGGCGGAUAUGAAAGCUUUGGGAGGAAUAUGCGACAUGGCUUUCCUGUCCGGAAAAGGGAUAUAUAGCUGUGACAUGAAUAAGAACAACUUCAUCAGCCUCAUCAACUUUCUCGGCAGAGAAGGUGUGGAGAAAAGUAUUCUUGCAAAAAUAAUGGGAAAUACCGUUGCAACAGAUGUAAAGAGAGGCAAAUCUUAUAAUAUUUCAACAGAGAAGAUUCAAGAGUUACAGGAGAAAAUACGCAAUGUGGAUGAUACAAUGUGCGGGUUUGUUAGUUCCCUUGAUUGCAUGAAACCAGCCUGUGAGCAGUUGUUUCGCCAAUGUGAUAAAAUACACGAUAAUUUGGAAAAAUUAGACAAGUGCACAGAUUUGAAAGACAUUGUGACUGAUGAGAAGCUGGCAGUGAAUCUGUUAAAAACUAUUGAAGGAAGUGUGUUUAAUCAGAGGAAAACUGCAUUGGAUUCACUUGGAAGGCUGUUGAACUGCCUUAUUGAUGCUUGGAAAGAAAUGAUUACCGAUUCACAGGAUGAUGACACAGUACUGUCUUUAAAUAUGUACUUAUCAAAUAAGGGCAAUGAUGAAAACACCUUAACCGAUAAAAGGACAUUCAAUGAUUGGAUGAUAGAAAGUCUCCGAAAAGAAGUCAAACUGGCCAGAGAGUUAAACGAAAAAAAUAUUAAAGAUAUAUAUAAUUUAGAACAGAGAGGAAAACGUACCUUAGAGGAUCUGAAUACCGCGAGGGAAGAAAGAGAGCGAAUUGAGCAGAAAUAUAAACAACUAGAAACGGAAUACAAAACGCUUCAGAAAAUGCUUCAAGACCAUUCUGUAGAAAACAGAGUAUGCAGAGAACCGACCUGUAAGAUCCAGUCAGAAACUUACGAGACAGACCUUUCGAGCAAGCAGUUAGAUGGUGUUGAAAAUGAAACAAAGAUUAACGAAUUGAAAGCAGUGAAAAAUGAGCUUGACAAUCUAAAAAUCGAGAACAAACACAUGGAAACAGAAUUAGGCUGGUAUAAGAGAAAGCUAUAUAUUCACGUUCAAAUCUGUAACGAUGCAACUUCUGCAACCCCUGUCAACGAUGUUUUGAAUCAGAUCAAGAGUGCACUUGAAACUUCCACAUCUUACAAGUUACACGUGAUCACGCUGAACAUCGGCAAAGAUUUGAACCUAAUUAAACCAGAUAUUCCUGUUCUGCUUUUCUUUAAUCCAUCACCAAGUGUCAGUUUUUCUGCUGCAAGUGCUUUGGAUAAAAUUGACGGUUUCACAGAACCACACAAAGUUGCACUGGUUGUUAUGCACAGGGACCAAAAGUGGUCAAUUAUAACAAAAAGUAAAGAAGUUCUUUUAAACAACAGAUAUAAAAAACUCGGUGGAAUUUUUGAUAUAACAUAUGAAUAUAGCAGAGGAAUAUUUGAAUGUGACAUGAACGAGAAAAGUUGUCAAGGACUAAAACAUUUCGUUGAAAAGGAAGGUCCCAGGAAAUCUAUUAUAGACACGUUCGGUUCAAACGAGUUUUAAUGAUGUUAACUUGCUUCCACUUAUUAGACGCUUGCUUGAUUAUCCAUUUAGUUUUAAGCAUCUAAUUUCUGAUAUCACUUUUGUUAUCAAAAUGAAAGCAUGUUUUAGCCUAUUCUAUAAUCGUUAGUUGGUCGUAAUCUCAAUUGUCUCCAUUCACUUAAAAAUAUCUCAAAUGAAGCUUUUCAUGAGCUAUCGCACGCAAAUUAUUAAAUUGUAAUUAUUACAUAUGUGAAAGGAAUUCGUAAGAGAAAAAAACACUUUACAUUAUAAUAUGACCAACAGUUGAUUAUAUAAACGUUUUCACAUCGGUUAUUGUUGUACAUUACUGAAGUGCUAUGUUUCCGCGAAUGUAUUAGUUAGAUUUAAACGUAAUCCAUCGAACGCCAUUGCAGUAUCAGGUGAAGUGUAAUUGUGGGGAAAGGUGUCACCCAAGGUAAAUUUUAUUCUUAUGGUAACCCUUCACUCUGCUGGUGCUUAUCAUUCAGAACAUUUACAUACAUGAUCAAGGGCGAAAACUUUUACAAUAAAGAUUUUCUCGAAAGCCAAUUAAAGUGGUUGAUUUGUACAUGCACCUCAUUUUAUUUAGUUUCUUUUGCAUUUUCACUGUCAUUUAUAUCUACAGCAUUAAAGAGUAUA